AUGCCCAAGAAAGGAGAGCCAGGCUAUGACAAACUUUAUAAUUUACGGCCCGUUCUGAACGAAAUAUCUAAAAAUUUCAUGGACUGCAUGGCUCCUUCUAGGGAGUUGGCCAUCGAUGAAUCGAUGAACAAAUUCAAAGGGAGGAGUACAUUGAAACAGUAUCUCCCGAAGAAGCCGAUCAAAAGGGGCUACAAAGUGUGGAUGUUAGCGAAUAAAAAUGGUUAUUGCCAGAAAUUUGAAAUUUAUACCGGGAAAUCCGAAGAUACGGAGAAAAACUUGGGUGCUAGGGUGGUGAAAAAUCUACUGAAAGGUAUGGAGGAAAAGCAUCACGUUAUCUAUUUUGACAAUUAUCUUACUAGUGUACAGCUGUUAGAAGACCUCAAGACUAAAAAUAUCCACGCUUUUGGCACGGUCAACCCAAGCAGAAGAUUGCUUCCAAAUUUUAAACCUGAUAAACUUUUGAAACGUGGCGAACCUCAGAUUUCAACAUCUGAUACACGCCUCGUUGCGAGACAAUCGAAGUGUUCAUGUUUUAUCUAA